GGCGAGUAGGUUGUUUUUCUGUAGAAGUUUCAGCCAUGCCUGAAACAGCGAAGACAGCACCCAAGAAGGGCUCGAAGAAAGCCGUGACAAAGACGGCAGGCAAAGGAGGAAAAAAGCGCAAGAGGUCUAGGAAAGAGAGUUAUGCUAUCUACGUCUACAAGGUACUAAAGCAGGUUCAUCCUGAUACUGGGAUUUCUUCCAAAGCAAUGGGAAUCAUGAACUCGUUCGUGAACGACAUCUUUGAGCGCAUCGCUGGAGAAGCUUCUCGUUUGGCCCAUUACAACAAACGCUCGACUAUCACUUCCCGGGAGAUUCAGACUGCUGUGCGCCUUCUGCUGCCUGGUGAACUAGCUAAGCACGCGGUGUCCGAGGGUACAAAGGCCGUCACCAAGUACACGAGCUCCAAGUAAACCAGUGACCCAAACAAGUCCCAAAGGCUCUUUUAAGAGCCACCCAUUUCUUCCUCUAAGGGGGCAAAAGUGCUUUAUAGACCACUAAUACCUUUCAUUCUUAUUAUACUGAAAUGUUUGAUACUUAAUGUUCCACGUGCUUUACUUGUUUGAUAUAUUAUGUCACCAUUGCAUUUCUCUUUGUGAAGUUUUCCUGUUUAUGCUUUUCUCCAAAUAAAUGUUACUCUUAUG